UUUUUCUUUCCUUUUCCUUUUCUAUUUUUCUCUCUCUCUUACUUUGGGUUAUUCCUUUUCUCUUUAUUUUCUCUCUCUCUCUCUUUCUUCCUGUAUUUCUAUUCUUUUCCUGUUAAUUUGUUUCAUUUAUUAAUCUAAAUAGUAGAUUAACCAUCGUAGUUUGUAGUUAAUUUGUUGAUUUGUGAUCUUGUUGUUGUUUUUGUCAAUUCUUUUGACUGAAUGUGUGUUGACUCAUCACGGGAAAUUGAUUCUACUCUUUAUCCAUUUUGUUUUUUAUCAAAUCUUUUUUUUUCUAUUGUUUUUUUAUCAUCUUGAUGUCUUCUCUAUCCAUCUCAUGUGAUACCAACAGUUUAAAUCCUGUUGAGUGUGAAUUAAUCCCUUGUACCAUAAAUUACACUGGUCAAGCAAAGGUUACCAGUUAUUUUAAGCCAACUAUAAGUGAAACUGGUCCAUCAAAAUAUUCAGCAUCUUUCCGAGGUAAACCUUUGGAUGGUAUUGAUUUACCUUUAGAUUCAGAUACAAUUGGUGUUGUUUGCGAGAAAACCUUUGGAUCACUUGAUACAAUUAAACUUAAACCUAUUGGUACUUUUGACAAAAUACGAGCCUGGAAUUGGGAUUCAAAGCCUUCAUCAAAUGAUGUUCAUGUUCAGGCCUUACAAUGGUUGAAAAUCUCAUCAUCAAUUCAUGAUCCGAUUUCUCCUCAACGUUUACUAGAAGAAGAAGAAAAAUCCAAAGAAAACUAA